AUGCCUCCGAGUUUAGAAAGACCGUUGGCUCUUUCGAAGAAUGGCGGAAUCCUUACAAUGCAGGUUGUAUACGAAACUUGUUUGACCAGAAUCGAGAAAAAAAAAGUGGCGGGCAAGUUCGCCUACAAUAGCAUUCCGCGCUCAUCGGCCCGCCCGCGGCCCGCCCCCGUCUGCCCCCCGGCCCCGCACACCCGCGCACCCCUCACAGACACAACACACACACGCGCACACACACACACACACACUAACCUCUCGACCCCCUUCUCCCCGCUGCCCGCGCCGCUCCUCUCCCCCGCGGCCCCUACCGCCGGCCUCUCAGUAGUACACGGAACGUGA